AUACAAAUGUUUUGGGCCUUUGAGAUGAUCCUAUGAUGCUGCUGAGUGCAGCCAUGACAUGGUUAAUUAAAAAUUCUACAAUUCACCUUCUAAUCCGCGGUGAAUUAUACAGUGAUGCAUGUUAUUCAUGUAUCUUUAAUUGCUAAAUUUGAAAAUAGCUUACCAAAUCGUGCUUAGUGAAAUGUGUAUGUCUUUUCAAGUACAUGUAGUUUUAAAGUUUCUAGAUAAGGAUACAGUAUAUGUUUUGAAACGUCGCUUACGGAAUAACAAAACAAUAAUAAUUAUAAAAUGCAAGCUUACUUCAAAGAUGAAAGAAUAUGUCAUGUGGGCAAGAAAUGGAAUGGCUGAGAUAUUUGAUAACUGGACACCAUAAAAUUCGGUAAGGCGUAUAUUACCAGAGAUCGUGUUCCCUUUGUGAGAUUACAGAUAUGGUCUUGUUAUCAUGAUCACUCCCUGAUAGUAGGUCUACAGGCACUCGAUCGUUGUCAUGUUGGUUCUCUUAAUUUCGGUUUUGUCUCUUCAGACUCUUGUUCAUUGUCAACUGGAAAAUCUGUUUACUUCCCUACAGAACAAUGGCAACUUUACGACAUUGGUUAGAUUGCUGAAGGAUUCAGGCUUGGCGGGAACAUUAGCCACGUCAGCGACACCGCUGACAGUAUUUGCACCAACUGAUGCUGCCUUUGCGAAGUUACCCCAGAGUGUGUUGGACCGCUUGAGCACAGACCCACAAGCUCUUGCGGAUACCUUGAAAUUUCAUGUGACAAGUGGUAUCGUCAUAUCGCCCAUGAUUCAAGAAGGAGCUGUUUUCACAAUGCUUUCAGGGCAGAAUGUGACCGCUCAUCGUUAUGACAACCAGAACUAUGUUGUCCAAGGUGUGAAGAUUGAGUCCGGGGACAAGAUUGUGCUGAAUGGUGUGAUUCAUCAAAUAGACAGUGUGUUAAUGCCCUCUGAUAAGUCGAUUUCCGAGUACCUCGGGACACACGAGACUCAGUUUUCCGACCUGUAUGCCGCCCUUGUACUAGAAGGACUAGAACAAACUCUCGAGUCGGGAACAUACACUAUUUUCGCUCCACAAGACAAAGCGUUUUCCCAGAUAUUAGCUAAUUUACCCAGUAUCACAGCCGAUGACGAAUACUUUAAAAAGAUCUUGCUGUAUCACGUGGUUCCUGGGGUGUGGUUCUCCGCCGGAUUGACGGAUGGAAUGUCACUUCCAACAUUAUCCGGAAAAAACAUCACAAUUAAUCUAUCAGGAUCAGGUGUUUUUGUGAAGACUGCUCAAGUCAUGGAAGCCGAUAUCCCACUUUCAAAUGGCUGUCUUCAUGUGAUUGAUGAUGUACUCUCGCCUCCAAAUUAAACCUUCAUGUUCUCAUAUGCUAUGAAGUAAAGUUUAUGUAAUUUCAAAA